AUGGCGGCCUCAGUCCGCCUCAAAACGCUACUAUUCACUCUAAUAUACUUAUUCAGCACAAUCCUCGCGUCCCCGAUAACCUCUACACCGAUCAGCGCUACUCUCGCACCCCAUGUCACACUUGAACCUCGUAGGGCACCUAUCUUGAAUAAUGUCACGGGGGAAUUGAAGGUAUUUGAUCCAAAUACUGGAGCACUUAUCCCUCAAGGACCUGCGACGGAUGGCGGUGGUGUAGGCUCUUCCCCCGCAGCUCUCGUAUGGAUUGCGUUCUCCAUCGUCGUCGGCGCGCCCCUGGCUUUAGCUGGCCUCAGAGGAUGGCGUCUCACUACAGCAACUGGUACUGGGUUGGCCCUUGCUGUCUGCAUCUGGGCCGGUUUCAUUAACUCAGUAUCCGACACCGGCAUCGCCGAUCUCACACUCACUCUUAUCGUCCUCGCAUGCUUUCUCUUGGGAGGAGUCAUCGGCGCCUUUAAUUUUGGUCGUGUGGCUGGGAUAACCUGCCUAGGAAUAAGUGGCGGAGUCUCAGCAGGCAUUCGUAUAAUGCUUUUACGCGAAGACCUUCUCAUCCCCGGCCGCGAAUCCGGAAUGUUUAUUGCUAAUUGGAUCCUCAUUGCUGCGCUAGGCGUUGGAGGAGGAGCAGUUCUAAUUUGGUGGCAGAGGACAGGGAUCGUCGUUGGCUGCGCUUCAGCGGGAACGUUCCUAACAGCCCUCGGCAUUGACCUUAUAAUUAAUCAGCAAUCGGGUAUGAGCAGGGGGCUUCGGUUUCUUUUCGACCGUAACACAUCCCACAUUGCUGAUAUCCUCGGGGGUGGAUACAAACCACCAGUAUCGACUAUAGUCCUCAUGGUGGUUUCUCUUGUUCUCACUCCACUCCUUGCGUAUGGCCAACAUCGCGUGUUCAAAGAACCCUUCAACCGUUUUUCCGACGACGCCGUCGACCUCGACUCGCUCAACCUUGGACACGAACACCAAGAGAAGCGGGCGACCAGACUCUCCGUUGCCUGGGCGAACACCAAGACCAAGGUUUCCAGCCGAUUCAGUCUCUAG